AUGGCUGACUGGUUGUCGUACAGAGCUCUGUUCGUGAAGAACUUGAGCUACAACGUAACUCCAGAGGAGUUGUUCGACCUGUUCGGAAAAUUCGGCCCAAUUCGACAGGUCCGUCAGGGCAUUGCAAGCGGCACCAAGGGUACCGCCUUCGUUGUCUAUGAAGACGUAAUGGAUGCGAAGCAAGCUUGCGACAAGCUGAACGGCUUCAACUUCCAGAACCGAUACCUCAUCGUUCUGUAUCACCAGCCAGAGAAGAUGCUCAAGUCAAAAGAGGACCUCGAGGCUCGCCAGGCUCGUUUAGCGCAGCUCAAGACACAGCACGGUAUCGAUUGA